AUGGCGUGGCCGCGUGCGCCCAAGCCCCGCUUCCGAAGCGAGCCAGGCCAGGCCAAGCAGAAAGGCAGGGGCAGCCGCAGCCGUAAACCCGCGGCGGGCGGGGGCGACCACGUGCGCCACGCCUCGCGCCGCGGGGACGGCGGGCAUCCGACGGUGGACGGGAGGCCAGCGUGCCGGAUCGGCCUCGGCAGCUCGGCCUGGCGCCCUGGCCUGGCUUGGCAUGGCGCGGUGGUGUGCGACGCGACGCGAUAUGCCUACCCGCAGCGAGCGCGCCCCGCCCCCCGCGUGCUCUCAACGGUUUGUUUGCUUGCUUGCUUUGCCUCCGCCCCGCCCGCGGCCGCAGAUCCGGACGCCGAGGUGAUCGCGCUCUCGCCGGGGACGCUGCUGGCGACCAACCGCUUCGUCUGCGAGGUGUGCGGGAAGGGCUUCCAGCGGGACCAGAACCUGCAGCUGCACCGGAGGGGGCACAACCUGCCCUGGCGCCUGCGGCAGCGCGGGCCCGGCGCGGCGCCGCCGCGCCGGCGGGUGUACGUGUGCCCCGAGCCUGGGUGCGUGCACCACUCCCCGGCGCGCGCGCUCGGGGACCUCACCGGGAUCAAGAAGCACUUCUGCCGAAAGCACGGGGAGAAGCGCUGGGCGUGCCCGCGCUGCGGCAAGCGCUACGCCGUCCAGGCCGACCUCAAGGCGCACGCCAAGACUUGCGGCACCCGCGAGUACCGCUGCGACUGCGGCACGCUCUUCACCAGACGGGACAGCUUCGUGACGCACCGCGCCUUCUGUGGCGCACUUGUGGAGGAGACAGGCAGGGUGCUGGCGCCGCCGGCGCCGCCAUCGCCUCGGCCGCCUGAUUUGGAGGCCGAGGAGAAUGUGGACAAGGACAAGGGGCAGGAGGAAGAGGAGACUGAGGAUUCUGCCGGGGCCGAGGUGGAGCAGCCUAAGCCUGUGGAGGCACCGGCCCCGGAAGAGCCGCAGCGCAUCCCAUCUCCACCGCCAUUGCCACAGGAGCCACCGCGCCGUCCGUCUCCACCACCAUUGCCACAGGAGCCACCGCGCCGUCCGUCUCCACCUCCAUUGCCAAAGGAGCCGCCGCGCCGUCCGUCCCCACCUCCAUUGCCCAAGGAACCACAGCUCUUUCCCUCGCCACUUCGAUUUCCACUGGAGCAGCGGCCAGUUGUGGCGGUGGUGCCAAAUGUGGAUGAGCCAGAGGUGGUUGCUGAGACAACUGUGACAGCCAAAUUGGAGGAUGAAGCUGAUACAUGCUUCAAGGAAGCUGAUCAAUACAAGGAAGCUGAACUUGAGGUCUCCAAUCUGCUGGACAAGGACACUCCAAUGCUUCCUUGCUUCCUCCCAUCACCCUCAGAGGCCAUUGGUACCGAUGGGAGCAGCACCACCUGUGGUGCCGGCGGCAGUGUUUCCAAUUCCAUCGCGCCAUCUACAACAACCAACACUUUCGCCGGUCUGUUCGCGUCAGCCACAACAAGCACCACUUCCCAGAGCAGGUCUCUACGUGAUCUCAUCGGUGUCGAUCCCACCUUCCUCUGCCUUGCGAUUGGUGCGCCCUCCUCUCUGUUCCCACAGACAAGCGCAAGCAAUCCAGGCACCUUCGCUCCACCUCCAGCACCGCACAUGUCCGCGACCGCGCUCCUGCAGAAGGCUGCUGAAGUUGGAGCUUCGCAAUCAAGCUCAUCGUUCCUGAAAGAGUUUGGGCUUGCCUCUUCCUCCUCGUCAUCGCCUCCAUCGAAGCAGCUACCUCAAGGAAGGUUUGCUGAAAACAGCAUGCAACCAUGGCACCACCGGAGUAAUCAACAAAUGGAGCGUCAUCGGAAUCAUCAGCAGAGGGAGAUGGAGUCCAGUUCGCAACCGUGGCACCACCGGAGUCAUCAGCAAAUGGAGAUGGAGCGUCAUCGGAAUCGUCAGCAGAUGGAGAUGGAGUCCAGUUCGCAGCCGUGGCACCACCGGAGUACGCAGCAAAUGGAGAUGGAGCGCCACCGGAAUCAUCAACAAAGGGAGAUGGAGUCGAGUUCGCAGCGGUGGCACCACCACCGGAGCGACCAGCAAAUGGACAUGGAGCGCCACCGGAGUCAUCAGCAAAUGGAGAUGGAGUCAAGCACGCAACGGUGGCCGCACAACAGGAGCAGUCAGCAAAUGGAGGUGAUGGAGCGGCACCACCGGACUAGUCAGCAAAUGGAGAGGGAGUCCAGGGCAAUGCUAUCCGGGGGCCUUGGCCUUGGCCUCGCAUACGAAAGUGGAAAUGCAGGGUUGCCGGACCUGAUGAUGGGACCAUCACCACUGUUCGGUCCCAAGCCUGCUACGCUGGACUUCCUUGGUCUUGGCAUCGGAGGGACCAUGGGCGGCUCCACGACCAACGGUGGCCUCCCGGCAUUGAUGGUUGGAGGAGAGCUGGACGUGGGGUCUUCGGCGCAGGUGCCGGCGCCAUGGGAGGACGCCAAGAGGAAGACCAACGGCCGCACGAUCCUGUGAGGUUUUCUUUUUUUGUGUAACCUUGGGGGUUCUCGUGCCUCGGCUCGCUCAUUCUUUCAGCCUCAGUCGCAGCUGUGUUGGUAGAGCUAGAAGAAACUCUGUACAUAGCUCGAUGCUUCUCCCAAUCCUGCAUUCUGUCUGGAAAAAAAAAAACUCCCACCGAAUUGAAGCUGUUAUUAUAGCCAAAAUUCGAUCCCGGCAGGAUGGAACCUGACUUUUGAUGCCCCGUUGCUUUCGGAUGUGGCGAGGUAACAGGGUAAGUAGUCGCCUUUAUUACCGAGAUCCUGCGGUGCUAAUUCAGUACUGUUUUUGGAAAGAUCCGAGAUUAGGACAGCGACGCUGACGUGCGAAAGGUGUUUUUUACUGUUUUCGCUGCUGCUGCUGCUGCUAAGUCGGCAGGGUUUCCUAAUUACCUAACCUGCCGGCCAGCGAGCUUGUUCAGCAGCCUUGCGUACUUUUGGAGAAUUUAUCUGUACUCAGUGUCAAAAAAAAAUAAACCUGCUUGAUUA